CUUCCACGCAAUCCCAAAGGCGGCACGAGCAGUCGCCGGCGCGCAAACAUAAGAUCUUGUGAGGCGGCCAAGAGCGUACAAGCAAGAUGGCGGAUUUACGCGCUCAUCCUGAGCAAGAUAUGGAGCACGAGGGAGCCUCCCCCAAAGAGCUCCUCAUCGAAGCCGCUCGCCGCAACAAUACCGAUCUGCUGAAGGAGGUCAUCGACGGAUGUGGAAGUGCGGAAAAGGCGGCUGUACUUCUCAACGAGACCAAGACGGUAUUGGGAAAUUAUAUCUAUCACGAGGCAGCCCUAAAAGGAAACUACGAAAUAAUCGACAUGCUCCUCGACCAAGAAGGCUUCGAAUGCGACCCCAUCUCCCGCAUCGAAGGCGACACGCCUCUGCACUCCGCAGUCCGCUACAUCAACUCACUCACCGAAUCGCAACCCUCGAAUCCGGACAUCUCAACCUUCGCCCAGGAACUAAUUAGCAUGAUGGUCGACGCCGGCUCCGACCCACGGAUCCGCAACAAGGCGAACCUGACACCCUACCAAUUGACCGAUCCACGGAACACAGCGCUGAAGCAGCAGCUGCAGGACGCGGUCGAUAUCACGCAGAACCUUGGUGAUUAUAUCGUUGAUGAGGAAGAGGGAGGCGGGGAGGGAGAGGAUGAGGAUUAUGCGGGGAGUGGGAGUGAUAGUGAUUUUGAUCCGGAGGAGUAUAGGCGGGAGAAAGAGCGGCGAGAGAAGGAGAAGGAGGCGCUGGCGAACGGGGUUCGGCCUUCCUGAUCUACUUUCCCCCACUUCACCGUAUACCAAUCCCCACGAACCGCUCCUAGCUCACGACUGUCAAACUGGAGAACAGGCAGAUGAGCUGUGGACACGACUAAUCGAAAGGAAUGAAGAUGUAGUCUACGUUGGAUCUGUAC